CUAUAAAUAGGAGGGAUGAAGCCAGCAGAGACCAGAUUCUCUCUACAGAGACCUCUACAGCACAGAGAUCCAGACAUGGCACCUACAAUCACUGCAGCAAUGACCAAUUCUCAGGAGCAUCUGACUCUGACCCACAAGCUCAGAAAGCCUCUGGUGGAGAAGUUACGCAGAGAGCGAAUCAACAGCAGCAUUGAGCAGCUCAAGUCUCUCCUGAGUCCAGAGUUCCUCAAACAGCAGCCAGACUCCAAGCUGGAGAAAGCAGACAUCCUGGAGAUGACAGUUUGUGUCCUGAGACGGCUGCAGCAGCAGAAUCAACCUGUGGACUCAGCAGCUGUCGGUCAGGGCUAUUCCAGAUGUGUCCAAGAGGUGACACACUUCCUGUCCAAAGAGCAGGUGAAGACCCAGUCCCAGAGAAGACUGCUGAACCACAUCAACAAGCUGCAGUCUUCCUCUGAUAACAACCUGAGAGAGGCUGACUUCUCUCUUCUGAGCUCCACAGUCCAGACCAGCAUCACCAAAGAGAAGAGUCCAGUCAACAGCGCCGUCUGGAGGCCGUGGUAGACACC